CUCCAGAGGUCACUGGCAGCUUGGAGUCGUCGGUGGAAGUGAAGGAGGGGGCUUUGUAUGAGGAAGAAGGACCGGAUCGGAAGAGGAAAUUUUGGCAUUCUUGGGAAUUCUGGUGCCAGAAUGACAAGGGAGCUCAAAAGCAAGUCCAGGUAUUUUUCUCCAACUUGAAAAAGGAUGUGGGAGAAUCAGAGAAGAUGCAGCCACCUGACAAAACUCAAUCAAGAAGGAAACAGAAAGACCACCGUUUCGGGUAUCAGACGAGGGAAGGCAACCCUGGGAAGAAGUAUUGAGUUGAAGAGUUUGGGUGAUUUGGAACUCCAUGAAGCUGUACAGGAGAAAGCCCAAAUUAAUUGUUUUCGAUUUCAUGAGAAGGAAGAGACACCUGGACAUCGCCAGAGAGGCAAAGCUGAUUUGGACUGUAAAUUAAGCCUGGUAGGAAAGCAGUCCCCAUUUUGGGAGGAAGGAAACCGUGGUUUGGAUGAAAGCGCCAUUCAGCAGGGGAUCAAGCAGAUCUUUGAUCUCCUUGGGAAUCCCAGAAGGCCAGUGGUGCCGAAGCCCCACAGAUGCUCCUAUUGUGGGAAAAACACAAGCUGCCAAUCGCAGCUGAUUAUGCACGAGAGGAUCCACACGGGAGAAAAACCAUACAGGUGCUCCGAGUGUGGCAAAAGUUUUGGUCGAAACAGCUCCCUGGCGGUUCACCGAAGGACCCACACGGGAGAGAAGCCGUACGAGUGCUCCGAGUGUGGGAAGGUCUUUCGCUGCAGCUCCAACCUUUUUAUCCAUAAGAGGACCCACACGGGAGAGAAACCCUAUCAGUGCUGUCGGUGCGGCAAAAGGUUUAGCGAGCACACCACCCUUGUGGUUCAUAAGAGGACUCACACGGGAGAGAAACCGUUUGAAUGUCCGGAAUGCGGGAAAAGCUUCAACACUAGUUCAAACCUUACGAGUCAUGUGAAGUUGCACACGGGAGAGAAACCCCACAAAUGUUUGCAGUGUGGGAAAAGUUUCAGUCGGAAUUCCAACCUGGUGAUACACCAGAGGACUCACACGGGGGAGAAACCAUAUGAGUGUCCCGAUUGUGGGAAAGGUUUCACAACGAGCUCGAAUCUAAUAAGUCAUGUCAGUUUACACACGGGCGAGAAGCCGUUCAGAUGCCCAAAAUGUAGUCAGUGUUUCAAUUGCAAAGUACAGCUGAUUAUGCAUCAGAGGAUCCACACUGGUAAAAAACCAUACAAAUGCUGUGAAUGUAGCAAAGCCUUUCCCUACAGGUCCCAACUUACUGAGCAUAAAAGAACCCAUACUGGAGAAAAGCCCUACCAGUGCCCACAGUGUGCCAAAAAAUUUAGUAAGCAUGCCAACCUGGUGAGACAUAAAAAGACUCACACUGGGGAGAAACCAUAUGAGUGUCCAGAUUGUGGGAAAAGUUUCACUCAGAAUUCUGACCUGGCAAAACACCAGAGGACUCACACAGGAGAGAAACCAUAUGAGUGUCCAGAUUGUGGGAAAAGUUUCAGUCACAACUCUUACUUGGUGAUACACAAGAGGACACAUACUGGAGAGAAACCAUAUAAGUGUCCAGAGUGUGGGAAAAGUUUCAGUCGGAAUUCCAACCUGGUGAUACACCAGAGCACUCACACUGGGGAGAAACAAUAUGAAUGUUCAGAUUGUAGGAAAAGUUUCAGUCGGAAUUCUAGCCUUGUGAAACACCAGAGAACUCACACAGGAGAGAAACCAUAUGAGUGUUCGGAUUGUGGGAAAAGUUUCAAAAAUAAUUCUAAGCUUGUGGUACACCAGAGGAGUCACACAGGAGAGAAACCAUAUGAGUGUCUAUACUGUGGGAAAGCUUUCCGUUGGAAUUUUUACCUGGUGAUACACCAGAGGAGUCACACAGGAGAGAAACCAUAUGACUGUCCAGAUUGUGGGAAAAGCUUUAGUCGUAAUUCCUACUUGGUUAUACACCAGAGAACUCACACUGGGGAGAAACCGUAUGUGUGUCCAGAUUGUGGGAAAAGUUUCAGUAAUAAAUCUAACCUUCUGAAACACCAGAGGAUUCACACAGGAGAGAAACCCUAUGAAUGUCCAAAUUGUGGGAAAGCUUUCAGUUGGAAUUCUGACCUGGUGAGACACCAGAGGAUUCACACAGGAUGAGUUACUGGAUUGUGGGAAGACUUUCAGUUGGAAUUCCCACCUGGUGGAAUAAUAGGGAUCUGACAUAAAAAGGAGCCCUUUGAAUGUCCCAAUUGUGGGAAAGCUGGUGAAAUAGUUGAAGAAGAUGGAAUUUUCAGAGACAACUAUAUUGAUUUCCUCAGUCAGGGAAAAGACAUUCUCUACAUUCAUUACUGAUUGGAAGUUUGUUAGAGAUUUGCUUGAAACAAAAAAAAAUUAAAGUUAUCAUUUACAGUUGUUAUAAAAAAACAAACUAGGUAAUAGAAAAGAGAGUUUUUGUAACUAUAGAAAAUAAGAAGUAAUUUUGUAUUUCUAAUUAUAAUUACUGUAAAGGAAUUUGGAAGUAACUUCUCUCUAUUUGUUUUUUUUUUCACUUUUAAUUUUUUUCUUCUUCUUUUUGAUGUAUUUGUUCGUGUUAGUUUUUUAUCUUCUAUUUAAAAUUAUUAAUAUAAAUUAUAUUUAAAUAUCCAGUGUGAGAAUCAGAGACACUGGAUGGAAACCACAAGUUCCAGUGAUAGGUUAAACAGGAAGGUGGCUGCCAGGUGCUAUGACAUCCUAAUUUAAGAUGCCAAUUGAGAGGCCGAAAAUAUGCCGCUGCAGAUCGGUUGACUGGCAGGGGGGUUUUAAAUGAGAAAAGCUUCUUUCUUGGCUCAGGAUGCCAGCCAGAGACCACUUUAUAUGCCGUCUUGAGUUCCUGAAUAAAAAGGGAAUCAAUAAAAUGUAUUUAUUUUAAUUUAUUAAAUGUAUAUGCCUCCUAUCUGAUUAUU